AUGCAUUCCGAGCCCCUAGGUAAUCCGUGGAGAAUCAUUGAUAUCUUAAACACACAUCAGCCAUCGUCAGCCAUCUACAUCUCCCUGGCCACACUUGUCCUGCUUGCCAUUGGUGUUCGAUUUAUCUUUGCUGGAGGUUUCCAAUCCGGUCAAUCGAUGGAAAGACAAGGCUCCCGACUGUGCCGUACAAAUUUCCCAAUGGACAAGGAAAUGUCGCAAAGUUCUUGGAAGGCGAAUGUCUUGACCCGGGCGGAACACAUACAGGCUGUGUUUAAAGACUCCAAUAUGCAUAUCAAGGGGAAAGCCAUGGAUUCUGGCUGGCUCUGUGGGGAGAUUCUUGGGCAGUGCCUUGGCUUGUUGAAUCAGGAUGACUGGACACGAGCUCGAGCACCGUUCAUCGAUACUUUUCACCGCAACAAGUCGUCAUCCUAUAUCCCUUUAAUCGAACGCAGAGUAGACAGGCAAUUUCAGAUGCUGCAAAAGGCGGAGCAACUUAAGAAUAAGCAUAUUCUGAUAAAUUCUUCUGAUGAUCUCAAAUUCCUGCCGUUUUGGGUACUGUGUGAUAUCAUCUAUGGAGACCUCACUGCAGAUAUGGAGACCCAGCUCCAAGAAAUAGCUACCCUUAGAGAAGGGCUCUGGAAUGAGGUGAUAAGCGGAGGUAUUUCUCGGUUUUCCUUCAGCCGACUCUUCCCGACUUCAACUAAUCGAAGACUGAAAAUGUUCACGGAGAAAUGGACCCAAUUCAACGAUCAAGCGCACAAGAGGGCGAGAGAGAACUAUCCCAGCCACCCAAUCAUAACGUUUUAUAAUGCUAUUCAGCAAGGUUCGCUGUCGAAGAUGGAACUGCUGCACACGCUAGACGAGGCGUUGUUCGCCAAUCUAGAUGUCACAAUUGGGAACUUCUCUUGGGUGCCCGUCUUCCUUGCCGCGCACCAAAGUGCACAAGACGAUCUACGGCAAGAAAUCAAAAAUGCAAGAAAUCGUGAAUCCGCUGAUUCAUGGUCACAGUACAUUGCUGCGAAUUCCACUCUCUUGAUGGCAUCCAUACUUGAGUCUGCGCGUCUAAAGCCCAUGGCAGCGUUUUCUAUUGCACAGGCUGCACCGACUGAUCGCGUUGUUGGUGGUUACGUGAUCCCUGCGGGCACGAAUUUCGUCGUGGAUACUCAAGCUCUCAACAUCCUAGACUCAUACUGGGGCCGAGACAAUACCCAAUAUCGACCGAAGCGCUUCCUAGAUGCACGAAACGUGACUGACAUGCGCUAUAGAUUCUGGCGCUAUGGCUUUGGCCCUAGACAAUGUCUUGGGAAGAAUGUCGCAGAUGUUAUACUGAAAAUUCUUCUAGCGCACCUAGUGGAGAAUUAUCAAAUGAGGCUCUCGUCGGGAGAGAGCACGGAUUUGGAGGACUGGAAACGAAAGCCUGGUGUAUGGAUCAGCUUGGCUAUCCCUGAUAUUGUUUGUGAGAGGCUUUAA